AUGACACCGGUGCUUCCUGACAAGGUCAAUGUGGCGAGUCCAAUAAACUUCAAAGGAGACAACACUUCCUACCUCUGGCACCUUCGACUUGGCCACAUUGGUCAUGGUGGUCUAGACGCCAUCGUCAAGAAAGAUUACGGCAGUGGAAUCGGCAUGAAGUCUGUGCAGAAGUGGGAGUUUUGUAAAGGAUGCGCACUUGGAAAACAAACACGUGUGAGCUAUAUGCCCAAGUCACCCGACCGAGCACGUAUGUUGCUGGAGGUCAUUCACAGCGAUGUGUGUGGCCCCAUGAAAACUCCUACCUUCAGUGGAAAACGAUACUUCGUGACUUUCAUUAACGAAUACUCGCACUACUGUGUAGUGUAUCUGCUUCAAAACAAGUCUGAAGUAGCGACCAAGUUCGCUCAAUUUGUUGCGUUGGCGGAAACCCAAACUGGCAAACGUGUGAAGACUCUUCGAAGCGAUAAUGGUGGUGAGUACACUUCCAGAACGAUGUCCAAGUUCUGUGCGGACCAUGGUAUCAUGCAAAAAUUCACGCCGCCUUACACUCCUCAAUUGAACGGUGUCGCCGAGCGAAUGAAUCGGACAUUAGUGGAAAGCGCUCGUUGCAUGAUGGUACAUGCUGAGUUAUCCAAGUCGUAUUGGGGUGAGGCAGUCAUGACUGCGAACUUCCUACGUCUUCGCUGUCCAAGUCGUUCAAUAAGUCACGACAAGUCACCCUACAAAGUAUGGAGUGGUAAGAAACCUAUACUUGCAAACCUGAAGGUGUUCGGUUGUCAUGCAUACGUGCAUGUGCCCAAGCCAAAGCGGUCCAAGCUCGAUGCAAGAUCGAUUCAGUGUCGGUUCAUUGGAUACUCCGACCAUAAAAAAGCGUACCGUUUCGAGGAGAUCAAGAGUCGUCGUGUACUGGUCAGUCGCGACGCACAGUUCAUGGAGAAUGUUUUCGACAGUGGGAGACGCGACUAUGUGCAAGAUGGAGCCGUCGUCGAAGAAGAUGCUUUUAUGGAAGAUGAGGAUGUACCUAUGGAGGACUAA